CAAACGGGGGAAGUUGGUACUUGGUCUUUCUAAAGUAUAUUGAGUUACCAUAGAUAAAUAUGAUUAAUAGUAUAGGUCUGAUGGUUUAUGUUCUUCCAAUUACAAACUGCUACAAAGGGGGGACGGCGGAAGCUUCUGGUACGGCUGUAAUAUACUUACUGUGCAUAUUAGAGGGGGUGCAAAUUGUGCACCCCAUACACUGUAAUUAUGCAUGGUAACAGGGUAGUACCCCAUACUAAUAUUUCUUUUGAGAUUGUGGUCACCUCUGUUGUUUGUGGUCCUUUGGUUUUGAAAAAUAUUUAAGGACAGCCAAUUCCCACUUUUCCCCAAAAUACUUUUUUUACUUUUCUAUCACUCUUUUCUUCUCUCAAAUUUAUUU